AUGUUAAUAGAGCACCUAUUUAAUAUACAAUGCAAAUUAUAUGGGGGAAGAAACUGUGACUAUAAUCAAAUUGAUGACGAUGGGCUAAUCACUGCUAAUGAAUUUAACCAAAUAAAGACAACUGAUCAAUUAUUAUCAUGUGUUCCUAAUCCCUUUGGAUUCAUUCCAUUCUAUGAUCCAUUUGAAUGUAGCGCAGCGGUGGCAGCGGCAGCAGCUUAUUCACAAAAAUCUCAUACAGAUACAACAAUUAUAUGUCUAGAUAAUAAUAUGAAGUGGUUAAAGAAUUAUGAAAAUGAUGGAAGAGGAAGGCGUGAUAUGAAUUCAAAUGAUCAUGAUGAUGUCAAUAGUAAAUAUACUAUUUCAGUGAGUAAUGAUGAGAAUAAGUUGAAUACAUUGUCAUCGUUGUAUACAUUGAAUAUUAUAUGGAUUAUAACUUUUUCGAUAGUCAAUAGCUUACUGAUGUUUGAAUAG